UAACGUCUGGAAUUUGAAAACUCAACAAACCUCUAAAGUAAACGUAGUGAUUGGUCUGAAGUAAAACGUUGCUUUUAAUUGUGACUGUUAUUGUGUAAAAAAAUAGGUGUAGUGGUUAAAAAUACUGCCGAAAUUAUUUACAGCCAAUUAAUUAUAUGUUGCGUUCGUGUGUAUAAUUGUGCAGCUGUGGACACCAGACAAUUGGCAAGAUGAUCACCCACCCACCCAUAUCAGAAGAUGUGAAUUCGCUUUUCAAUGAAGUCCUCCAGGAGAUAUCGGAUAACAUCCGGAACAUGAUGCAGGAACUCUGGCUGAAAUGGUCUCACCUUGGUGUGGAUGACGGCACCAAGUUCAACAACAUAGCCAAGUUGGUGCAGAUUGAGAAGGAACUGCACCGGGACGUCAUAUCAGAGACCAGACAGAAAGUGCUCAAAAUGGAGGCGCAAGUGGAGAAGCUGAAGGAGGAAUCUAAGGAACUGAGUAAAUGUCUGUCAGUGGAAAUCACCAUACCGGAGUGCGGUGAGGACAUGAUGCUGGUGGAUUAUAAGAAGUUGUUGGAGGAGCAGAUUGCUGGGUACAGAGAUCAAAUGGAGAAGCGUCGUAUGAAGAUGGAUAGGCUUUUGGAGUGGCAACAGGACCUCUCUCAGAAGCUGGCAGUUACCAUAAACAUGCUGAACGAGGGUCCUCCCUUGCCCUCCGAGGAGGAUCUAGAGCGGCUGAAGGACCAUCUGGAAGACCUGCAAUCGGAGAGGGACAAGAGGGCAGAGAUUUUUCUGACAACGCAAGUUGAUAUCAAGGACAUUAUGGAAAAGCUGCAAGUCAAGCCAAGCACAUCAUUCGAGAAAGCGGUGGUGGGGUCCCUGUCUGUGGAUUUCAUAGUGUCUGAUAGAAACAUGAACGAGCUGGCUAAGCUGAGGCAGAAACUGCAGGAGCAAUAUGAACAGACCAACAAUAGGGUUUUGGAACUCCGCGAGCGCCUUUCCAAACUGUGGGACUGCCUAGAAGAGGAUCAUAUAUACCGGGAGAACUUCCUGCAGGCCCACCCCGGGUGCAACCCGCAGACUGAGGCUGCCAUCAAGGAGGAGAUCAAGCGGUGCGAGAAGAUUAAACGUCAGAAGAUACAGGUGUUCGUGGCCAACAUGCGAACUAAGAUCAAGCUGAUGUGGGACAACAUAAUGUACUCUCCGCAACAAAGGCAGGAGUUCCUGCAUUAUUACCAGGAUAUAUUCACUGAGGACACACUGACGCUACACGAGAUGUAUUUGGAUAAGAUCACUGCGUACUACAAUGAUAACAAGAAUAUCUUCGACCUGAUAACGACUCGGAAAAACCUCUGGCUGAAGAUGACUGAAUUGGACGCUCGUGCGUCCGACCCGGCGCGUUAUAACAAUCGCGGCGGGCAACUGCUGAAGGAGGAGAAGGAGAGGAAGGCUAUCUGUAGCAAUUUGCCUAAGAUAGAGGCGCAGUUGGAAGAGUUGGUGAACGAAUACGAAGCUAAGACUGGAAACACUUUCACCGUGGAAGGAAAACCCUUAUUGCAGCUUAUCGAGGAAGAAUGGGAGACCAGGAAAGUGGAGCGUCACAACAAAGUAUCUGCUCGUCGAGCGGGCGCUACGCCGGGCACUCCGUCGCUCCGCUCGCUCGCCACGUCCCCGCUCGGCAAGCGGAACCGCACCGCCGCCGGGCUCGCUCACACACAAGACAGGAACAGGCCGCCAGCGAAGCGACAACUUAUAACGGGCAGCGCUACGAAAGCGGUCAGCUCAAUCGCCAACAAUCUAUCCGCGCUCAGGAGGACGGCUAUAUCUACGGUUAAGAGGCGUGUAAGUGGUCGCUUGGCUGCUCGUAUCGUGGCGGAGGGCAAGCCCGAAAAUGCGAAGAGGAAGCUGGAUUACGGGGGCGACGGGAAGAAGACGCCUAGGGUUAAUGGCAGCAUACUGAAACAUAAGCGCACGUCCACGGGGAAACGUCGCAGCGUCGGCCGCAAGUCUAUGAACGGCACUCGAUCCACCGCCGGGUCCCAGGAGGAACCCAAGGACCCCUUGAUGGAGACUACUUUGAUGACCACCUACACAGACUUCAAGGAUCGUAUCAAUGAGAAGCAGAUCAGCCGCAGCUCAUUGGCCGUCAACGGUCAGCCCCACUUCCCGAUCCCCACGAUCAUCCACCCCACCAUCGACGAAAAAACCACGCCCACCACCCCAAAAAAAACUCCGAGGACCAAAACGCCCUUAACCCCUAAAAUAGGCAAAGAGAACUUACAACACAACCAUUUAGUCACGCCGAAAAGCAACCUCCUUUACACACCCACAAGGUUAACCCGCUCCGCUUUGAAAUUGAACGAUGAUGGCUUCGCUACACCCAGGGCGCCACUUAGCGCGAAUAAAAUGAAUGUUCAAAGACAAAACACUGUAACUAGUAUGUCGGUGAAGACCACGCCUAAUGGCAAUGUAAGCAGGUCGAAAUCUCAUACGCAUUUGGUGCGAGCCAAGAAUCGGCCACCUCUCAUCUGAAAUGUUUAAACGAUCGCGAAUUUCAAUGUGUUAUUUUAGAUUAUUUAUGCUUAGUGGCUUGUCUCUAGGGACUAUUAGGCAGAGAUUCUACUUUGUAAUUUUCUAAAACUGUUUAAUUAAAAUUAUUUUAGAAAAUUGUAUAUUUUCAUACAUGAACGAAAAACUGCUGUGAAUAAAAUUGCAUGAUGUCGUCCUAUGCGUAUCAACCAUUACAUUCAUUGUGUUAAAUUUUUUUGUGUUGUUUUGUGUUAUUUGGUCUUAUUAUCGAUCAGUAAAUUUUUAAAUAGUAUCUCCUAUAAAAUGGUUCUUACACAAUUUCAUAUCAACAAGUUAAUUAUAAAGCAAAUAAUAUAUUGAGAUACGCGACCGCUGUGAUACUUAUUUAUAUAAAUAUGAAUACGAAUUUCGCUGCAAUAAAUAUCAAUUUCGAUUUAUUGUCAAUUUUCAUAUAAUUCAUUUUUAUUUCUUUCCAAUUAAUGUGUAAUUUUGCGAUGUUGUAUCUUAUUGUAUAUUUGAAUCUCUAAAUAGAGUUUAGUAGGGAUGAAAAGUAUUCUUUCACAUCAGUUUUUAUUAAUUUGUUACAAUGAAACAUAGAAGUUGACUAAUAAAGUAAUAACUUAGAUAUAUAGAUAGAUAAAACAUUUUAUUGCACCAUAAGAGUUAAAGAUACAAUAACAUCACAAAAGAUAAAGAGAUGGUACAAAGACAGGCUUAUAGAUAAUGCAAUCUCUUCCAGUCAAACUUUUAAUUUAGAUAUAUAAAAUAACGUCAGAAUUGGUUCGAAAGUUUCUUAUAAUAUAGGUAACUAAAGCUGUUUUGAUUUUUGUGGAUGAUAUUUUGAACAAUAUCACAGGGUCUUGUAACAGCGCUUAGUUGUGUUUUUUCACAAAACAAGUAAUUUUUGUUACGUAAUAAUCGAGGAGAAAGUUUAGCGCGAAUUUUCCCUUUAUUUUUUUUUGUCGCCUUUUGUGUAAUUUGUAACAAGAAAAAAAAUUGAUGUGAUAGUAUUCUUUAUGUCACAACGUAUGUUCUAAGUUGUUUAUAGAUUGCGUUAUUAUGAGUGUUGCAAUUUGCGUCUAGUUUAAGUAAGUUUUUAUGUUAGUUUUUGACUGAAGGUUAUAAUUUUAGAAUAUGUUUUUUUUUCGUUCGAUACUAAUUUUACUGCGAUGAAGUUAGUGGUUCGUUUGGUCUUCGCAAAUGUUUGUCAAGAGAUUGGGUUUGUCCACAAUAUUUCAACAUUUAAAUACUUACAUCUGGAAAGUAUAAAUUGCGCUAACAGCAAUAAAUACGCCGUAAGUUAUGAAAAUAUCUGGAAUAAAAAUGUAAAUUCAACGUGAAAAAUAUUCAAAUUAACCUAUAAAAAGUAUCAUAUUUAAAAAAAAAAACACGUUGAUCGUGCCUUUGGGUAUAUUAUUGAAAUUAUAGACGGCCAUUCCCAAUCGCAUCGCAAAUUUAGGGGGAAGCAAGUACCAACGUAAAUAUUUUAUGGUACAAUUAUAAAAACGGGAAAAUGUCAUGUAAUAUCAGCUUCUAUUGUUACAAAGGCAGCUUUCAGUUCUAGCAAAGAAUUUAAAGAGAUUUCAAACAAGAAUUUUAGUUUGAAUUUUUGAGAACUUGCUUUAACGCGAUGGUUGGUAGUUGGUGGUUAAAAAUUGUGAGAUUGGUUACCGUUUCAAUGAGCUACUAAAGUCGGAUUGCAGUCGCUUUGUGUAAACUGACUUUCCCAUUUACUACGAAUACGUAGUCAUAGAAAUUAGAAUAUUUAUAAGACAAUAGAAAUGCCAAAAUGUACUUGAAACUACGAAAUGAAGUGUCGCUGUCUGGUAUUGUACGUAAUUUUCUGCGCCAAGUACCUAAAGCUAUCAAAGGAAUUUCAGAAUUGUGUUGCAAGAUGAAAACGAUAUAGUGUUAAAACUGGGUCUCUUAGCAUAAAAAAUAAUGUAUUUUAAUUUAGUAUACCGUAUGGCAUAAUGAUUUAUAGCAUAACAUUCUUUCGCAUAACGGUUUACGCAUAAAUAUUUGAAGCAACUAUUUAUAACUAACCUAACCUAACCUACCCUAAAAGUUAAUUAUGCCACUUUUACCCGUAUGCCAAAGUUUUAAUUAUGCCUUUAGCAUAUUAUGCCAAAAUAUUGUAUGUCAAAAUAAUUUAUGCGAUAAAACUGCCCCCGUCACAACCAUCAAUUACGACGUCACAUUCAACAGUACCUACUUCUAUUGUCUUAUAUUAUUCUGAACUCUAUGAUCGUAGUCAUAGGUCAGACUUUAGUAAGAAAUCCACCGUAAUUUAACGUCAAUAGGAUUAUUCUAAGCAAUUUUUCUUAAUUGUUUACUGUUUAAUAUAUAAAAUGAUUAUAAAUUUUAGGUACUUAACUAUCAGUAUUCUGCAAGGCGCUUUCGCUUUCUGUGUCCAUGCACGUUUGCACAUUAUGCGAUUUAUAUAAUUUCUUUUUAUUUUAUUACUAAUA